GGCAACACCGCUGGCCACGUCUCAAACUCCAGCUUGGACACCGCAGGACCAGCACAAGAGGCUGCCGACCAGGAAGAGAGAACACCGGCCCCGUGUCCACGGCUGCAGGGCAGCAGUUUUCCAGCACGAAGAGAAAAGAAGACGACGUCCAUCAGAAUCAAUUCCCAAAACUUGAGGAUGCCCCUAAGAGUGAAAGUCAGCACUGUGGUUCUUCUGGUGAUCCUGCAGGGGGCAGCGGUGCUCCUGUUCUGCGGUUGGUAUGUCCAGCUCAGCGGCCCCUGCGGCUCCGACCCCACUGAGGGCAAAGUUCACGUGCUGCUGCUGUCGUCAUGGAGGUCGGGUUCCUCCUUCGUGGGUCAGGUGUUCAGUCAGCACCCGUCUGUCUUCUACCUCAUGGAGCCCGCCUGGCACGUCUGGACCCAGCUCAAGCACGCCGGCGCCCGUGCGCUGCGGAUGGCCGUGCGAGACCUGACGCGCAGCCUGUUCCAGUGCGACCUGUCGGUGAUGGAGGCCUACCUGCCGCAGUUUCGCAACGUCUCCUUGUUCAUGUGGAGUCACAGUCGGGCGCUGUGCUCGCCGCCCAUCUGCCCGCUGACCGUGCGAGGAGCGUUAAGCAAUCAGACACAGUGCUAUCGUUCUUGUGGCGGCAGAAGUCUCCAGGAUGUGCAGGCGGCCUGCGCGUCCUACAGCCACGUGGUCUUGAAGGAAGUGCGCUUCUUUGAACUGGAGUCCCUCUACCCUCUCUUUCAGGACCCCAGCCUCGACCUUCGCAUCAUCCAUCUGGUCCGGGAUCCUCGGGCCGUGCUGCGGUCCAGAGAGGAGUCGGCCCCGUUUUUGGCCGGCGACAACGCGCUGGUCUUGGAGCACAGGAACGUGGCAAACGCCGACGUGCAGUUCCAAGUCAUGCAGGAGAUCUGCCGCAGUCACCAGCGCAUGCUGGAAAAAGCCCACCGCCAGCCGCCGCCCUUUCUGAAAGGCCGCUACAAAAUGGUGCGUUACGAGGAUGUGGCCCGAGACCCCCUGGCGGAGGUCAGCGCCAUGUACGACUUUGUAGGCCUGGACAUGACGACGCAGCUGAGGGAGUGGAUUCACCAGCUGACCCACGGGAAAGGGAAAGGUUCCGGCCGAGAAGCCUUCAAGAUCACGUCGAGAAACGCCGCCGAAGUGUCGCAGGCCUGGCGCAGCACGCUGACGCACAGCAAGGUCAAGCGCGUGCAGGAAGUGUGUCAGGGCGCCAUGUCCAUGAUCGGGUAUCGCACGGUCGACAGCGAGAAAGAACAGAAGAGACUCGACGUGGAUCUGCUGGUCCCACGAGAACCGUACCGCUUCAGCUGGUUACCCGACAAAACUGAGGGUCAAACCAAUAAAGACAAAACUGCGUGACGUCUGGAAUCAACCUUUAUGAAUAUUCUUCUUCUUACAAAUGUUAAAUAGCAACAUUUUAACGUGACAAUUCUCCAACAUAUUCAAACAGCAUAUUCUCAAAAUCAACAUUUUUCCAGCACCCAAACUGAAGGUAAUGUCAUUUCCUUUAAAUGAAAACACAUUCAGUUUAAUUACACUAACAGUCCUGCAAAUCCCAAGAAUUGACCUCAAAUUUGACAUUUUCCAAGCACAAAGUUCAUCCAAAUAAUUCAUAUUCCACAAAUGUUCAGCCCAUUCUAAGCAUUCCAGCAUUAAAACAUGAACGACUAUCCUUAGUCUUAAAAUUUAAAUGUUUCCCACUAUUUAAAUGUUUUGCAGCACCCUAAAAAUUUAUGUGAUUGAUUCAAACCCCCAAAAUUCCUGUUAUCUUUUAAAAUGAUCACAAUCAUUUCAACAUGAAAACAUCUACUUUCCAUAUUAUUCCAUUCAGGUUUUUCCCAGAAUUUCAAUUUCGCAUCAAAAACCAUUUACUUACUCUCGCUCUUUGGGAUAAGAAGUAAGGUUUGUGAAGGUGAGCUGAGGUGUUCGAAUUUGCUCCGUCAAUGUUGAUAAUGAAAGCAUUGCAUCACAAAGUACGUAUCUACUGUAUGAUUUUUGUCUGUUUAGUUUUCUUCAGGUACUCCAACUUGGUCUGAAAUUCAGACGUAGAAAUGUUUUUCUUAUUUCCAAUCAAGAAAACAAGUGAAUCAAAGUGACUUUGUUGUGAAUUCAUACUUGACUGUAUUAUGUUGGGUUAUUAUUGUUAUUAUUAUUAUUGCUCAUGAUUGUAAUGCGAAAUAUUCCUUGGAACAGAUGCAAUAAAACAAUUUUCAUUCAUGUAAUAUGUGAC